AUGUGCUUGUCAGAUGCCAACCUGCUUUACAGUCCAAAUUCUUAUUCAACUCCUUCAUCUUCACUCCUCAUCGUGCAACCCAAGUCCACCACCCAAGGAACAGACGCACAGUCCUCAACGGAGAUGGCCGAAUCCACCACAAUCGACGAGCUGACAGUCAAUGAUAUCGCAACCGCCGAUGGCGUAGUUGAUGAGCCCUGCUUGGCUCCACAACUUCACCGGGCUCUCGACGAUUUAGAAACAGCAGUCUAUUCUGUGAACUGUUUUCAAACCACCUCACACUUUCUACACGCAUUUUCACAACUUGAUGCGCAACCGCUAGACAUCCAGAGAGCCGUGGAAAGAGUGACCCAAUUUGCGCAAGCUCAGGACUACCAAGCGGCCGUCGAUGUCCAAAAAGCGCAAGCAACAUUUGGCGCUCUGUCAAAUCAAGACCAGUACGACUUGAUGCGCUAUUAUGGAGAAGACCUUCUCGUUUAUCUCGAGAUCACCAUUCCCUCGGACUUGUCACACGACCCUACACAGCCAUUCAAUGAUCUGCAAGUCUCGGUGUUUGACAUUGAAAACCUCCAUCGCGCGCUUGCCCGGGUACGUGGAGUGGAGGCAAACAUGGCCGAUGUAUUUUUCAGGCUACCCUCCAUCCAGGGUCUGAUGCGGAAGAAUCGGGAAGAAGAACUUCGCCUGUUAAAAUUGCGCACCGCAGCUGAGAACUUGCUCUGUGAGCAAUUCCUGGCCCUAAGUCGGGGUGAACAAGACCUGCUCUGGUUGUGGUAUGAGAAUACUUUGAGGGCUAGUGGAAUACAAAAGGACAAGAAUGCGGAACCUCCCUACUCAGUUACGCGCUGA